UUACACAGCAUCCGCGUUACAGGAUGCACAUGACACAAGAGCACAGCAGACGACAAUCAUGUCAAACGGUUUGGCAGUGACUUUGAUACAUAGCUACGCUUUGUCGUCAUGGACCAGCAAAUUAAUACAGAGGCAUCUACAACCCCUUCAACAACCAACAAUAGCAAUCUGUACACGAUCCAACCCAUCGCCGGAAAAGGCCAAGGCGUCAUCUCUCGCACCAACAUCCCCAAAGGCACGCGCAUCCUCGCGGAAGCUGCAACAUUCAAGCUCCCACGCUUCGCAACCAACACGUCGCUCAUCGAAACCAGCAUCGCGCAAAGCCUGCGCCGCCUCACCAAAGACGAACAGCGCGCCUUCUUCGCGCUACACAACGCGUACACGCGUGCGCACAAGCCCAUCAUCGGCAUCACGAAGACGAACGCCCUGCCCCUCGGGCCCAACGCACAGGAAAGCGGGCUCUUCCUGACCGCCGCACGGCUCAACCACGCGUGCGCCCCAAACGCGCAAAACACAUGGAACGCCACGCUGGACAAGCUGACGGUGCACGUGGUCAAAGACGUCGCGGAAGGCGACGAAAUCACCAUCUCCUACCUCGAUGGGGCAGGCCCCCGCUCGGCGCGCCAGCAAAAACUACACGAAGCCUUCGGCUUCGCGUGCGCCUGCGCGACGUGCUCGCUGUCACUGCCAGAGCGCCAGGACAGCGACGAACGGCAGGACGAGAUCGCGGAGCUGGACGAGCUCGUCGCCGACGACGCGCGGCCAGGAGCGACGCUGUUUAGGGGUCUAGAGCACGUCCAUACGAUUCUGCUCUUGUUGCAAGCGGAGGGCAUUGCGGACGCGCGCGUGCCGAGGGCUUAUGAAGAUGCGUUCCAGAUUGCGGUUGCGCACGGGGAUGUGGGGCGCGCGCGGGUGUUUGCGGAACGGGCGUAUGCGGGGAGGGUGGUUUGUGAGGGAGAGGAUAGUGCGGAGGUGGUGAGGUUGAGGGGGCUGGUGGAAAGGCCGUCACGCCAUCCGUUGUUUGGCACGGCGGUGCGGUGGAGGCUACCGCUUCAGUAUGUCCCGCUGGGGAUGGGGGAGGCGAAGUUGGAGAUGUGGCUUUGGAUGCUCAAGGAUACUCGCAGAGUGAGGAGUGAGGGGUAGAUGGUGCUUUGUGGAGUUGGUUUGACACUAUUUUCAUUGUUGUCGAGAGGGAGCACUUGUAACAGUUUACUCAGAAUCUAGAAGACAAUGACAUUGUUUCUUCUAAA